GCACUUUUUAAAAGUCAAUUUCGCGGAAUAAACGCUCUCCUGCGCAGAUCAUGUUUUGUUUUCAUUACCUGUGUGCCUACUGGUUUGCCCGUUAGAAUUUUAGUGGGAGACAGGCAUUGGGCAUUGGACACUGACGUCACAUUUCCGAAUGAGACGAUUGUGCUUAGGGAGGGGGCCCUAUUAGCCUUCCUCACUCCUACGAAGUAUCAUAGAUGCAGAGGAUCACAGGAUUACUCUACUCUGUGAAGGCAAUCGCAACAAAACGUUUUCAACCGAAUUUAUACAGAAAGUGUGGUCUAUUUCUAACUGCUUCGGUAAUGACCUCUGAAUCGGAUAGUUCAGUGGAUGACUAUAAAUAUGCUUUCGAACAAUAUUAUCACACAGCUUCAUCAGGUGGAUUUGCGAUGCAUACUUUUUCAUCUCCCACUCUGAUCAAUAUUCGACGAUAUUCCCACAAUAAAGAUGAAUUCCGUUAUCGAAUUUAUUUUAUUUCCUAUCCUUUGACUAUUUCUCAUCCUGGAAGUAAACCGACAUUGUUUUGUGCUGAUGUUAGUCAACAACCGUUGAAAAAUGAUGAACUGACUUGGCACUCGCUACUGCCGACUGAAUUUGUUCAUGGCAAAAACCCACUUGCUUUGGCUGACUUCCUCUUACACGAACGUAUGCGUGUUUCUGUAGCUGGUGUAACAAAUUUUUGUCUAUCUGAAUGUGGUAAAUUAAUUGUUUGUGCAUCAAGUCAAAUAUACAGUGCUUAUGAUAAAAUUUCUUCAGAGCCUGACGAAUUACUUGAACCUGUUGUUGAAGCUCCAUUAACCAGUGCAAUUCAACCAGUGAUUUGUCCAUUGAAUUCAGAUAUUGUUGUUUGUUUAUCUAAUGAAAAUAUUUUUAUUGGACAUACACCAACAAAUAAAUGGACACGAGUAACACACUAUUCAAGUGAUAGCGGUUUAUCCGCUGGUACUCCAGCAUUUGUUAUUCAAGAAGAAUUUGAUCGAUAUAUGGGUUAUUGGUGGCGACCAACAAUGAAUAAUGGUUAUUAUCAAUUAUUAUAUGAAGAAGUCGAUGAAAGCAACGUCUCUGUAACAAAAUUAUUCCAUAGUGAAUAUGGUGGAGGUUGGGAAAAUCAACAUUAUCCAACUGCAGGUACUGAAAAUGCUCGGAGCGACUUGAAACUCUGUCAGUUCCAGUUGGAUUCAACUGGUAAAAUGUGCAAUAUACAAAUUCUUUCACUUCCUAUGCCUUUAAAACAAUAUAUACCUCAAUUUGAAUAUCUUGUACGAGUUGGUUGGACACCUGAUGGAAAUUAUGUCUGGUGUCAGCUGAUCACUCGUUUACAACAACGUCUUUCAUUGAUUUUAAUUCCAGUAGAUAACUUUUGUUCAAUAUCCAAUGUGAUUGUCAAUGAUCAUGGAGCAGUUGCUUCUGCUGCCCCAGCUGCUUCUCCCGCCACUUCCAUCAACACAUCUUCAUUCCUGUCAUCAAUAUCACCGUGUAUAGAAUUAAUUACUGAAGAAGAACCGAAAUAUUGGGUUAAGGUUCAUGAUUUCUUAACCUUCUUGACGAAUUCAUGGCAUCCUGUGACAGGAAAUUGUUCAAAUAAUAAUAAUAAUGAAGUCACCUUCAAAGGCGGAGAGAAUUGUACAUUUAUAUGGGCUUCUCAUAGAUCAGGUUAUACCCAUUUAUAUCUUGUACAGUGUUCAUGGUCUAAGGAUAAAUUGUCCACGAUACACCAUAAUAAUGCUAGUACCUCUGCGAACGUUGAUAAUAAUAAUAAUAAUAGUGAACAGUCUGCAGUUCUUAUCAAAGCUGAACAUGUUUAUAUCAGUCAGUUAACUAAUGGUAGUUGGGAAGUUACUGGAAAUAAGAUAUGGUUAGACGAAAAUAACCAGUUGGUUUAUUUCGAAGCGAAUAAAGAACACCCUAUUCUCAGAAAUAUAUAUUGUGUCAGUUAUGCAAAUGAAGAUCGUGGUUGUCUAUCCUGCUUGACCGCUCAACUUUCAUUGACUACUAAUAAUUCUACAGAAGUAGAAACUGUUGAAGAUGAACACAUUUCAUCACUCUCAUCAUCAUUACCAUCAUCCAUGCCUGUAAAUAUAAAUCAAUCAAAUAUUUUAGAUCCAUACUUUUCUGAUGCUAAAUCCCACCUGAAGCCUUAUCCAUUAUCCUAUGAAGUGAGUGCAUUCAAUCCAAACUAUGGUAUUAUGAUAAUUGAAUCAAGUAGUUUAGAUAAAUUAAUUGGUAUUCAAGUUUGCCGUAUUACGAUGAUGAGGAUGAUGAAUAAUAGUGAUCAUGAGAAUCGUCAACAUAAACCUAUUCUACAACAUAUUGGAUGGUUACGUAAACAUGUGUCUCAUUACAAUGCCUACAAUGGUUUUCAACCGACUAAUCCACCUAUGAUACUUCGAUGUGAUAUAUUUAAUAAUUUAGACAUGAAUAAUAACAAAUUAUCAGUAGUAUCGUCAAAUUAUGUGGAAUUUAAUGAUCCACAGUCAAUUCUCUAUGGACAAUUAUUUAUACCAAAUUAUAAUCAUAGUCGAUUAAUGAAUGGUUAUCCAACUGUACAUUUUGUCUAUGGUGGUCCUGGAAUCCAGCUAGUUCGUGGUAGUUAUUCGAGAUCAGUAUUCGCCCACGCUCAAUUAUUCUGUCAUUAUGGUUAUGCGGUGUUUUUGUGUGAUUGUCGUGGUUCUGCAAAUCGUGGUAUUCACUUUGACGGUUAUAUUAAAAAUCGUAUGGGUCAGGUAGAACUUGACGAUCAUGUCGCCUUUCUAAAAUAUGCUGCGAAAGCCACUGGUUUAAUUGAUCUUUCACGUGUUGCAAUUAUGGGCUAUUCAUUUGGUGGUUAUAUGUCUCUGAUGGCUGCAGUAAGAUAUCAUCAUGUAUAUAGAGCAGCUAUUGCUGUGUCACCAGUUGUUGACUGGGCACUGUAUGAUUCAGCGUACACCGAACGAUAUAUUGGUCUACCCGAGGAUAAUCCAGACGCUUAUAAGAAAGGUAAUGUAAUGCAGUAUGUAUCGAAUAUGCCGUCAAAUGAUGAAUAUCGUUUGUACAUAUUUCAUGGCGGUCAAGAUGAAAAUGUCCACUUUGUGCAUACAUCAUCAUUGAUUGAAAAACUGAAAGCUGCUGGUAAACCGCAUCAUUUUCAGUUCUAUCCAAAUUCUCGACACCGUUUAAAUCAUCAAAGUCAUUUAGAAGCGAUAGUUUUAAUAUUUCUUGAAGAUAAACUAUCUAACACGCCUACGUCUACUACCACCACGACCACCAGUAUACCAAGCUAUAAGCUGAAAUGAACAGCGAAAUGGAACGAACGAACGGUGUAAAUCGCCUGUAGCCUAUCUAAUUCUCAACUAGCUAACUUACUAACUGUACUUCAACUAAAUCUGGGUUCGAACAGCAAUGUUGUCUGCAAUAUAUGGAAGCACGCUAUAACGCUGCUCUUAAUCCUGCUACAACGAGUACUACAACAACAACAACAACAAUAAACUGCUACGCUUCAGUGUGUGCUUUUCGUCUCGACGUAUUCAGCUGAAAUCGCCUUUAAUGCCUUUCCAAUGUUAUUCUUGUUAUUAUUAUUAUUAUUACUAUUUUAGUUGUAUCUCUUAACAGAUGACAUAGUAGGGCAUCAGUUUAUGAACCGUUAUGAAUCAAUAACAGAAAUCUUGAUAUAUGUGUACAUUAAUAACAGUUAUCCUCUUUUUCUUCUUCUGCUUGUUUUCAUUCUUUUCUCUUAUACUCGAAAGAUGAUACACUUAGACAAACUUUGACCUACCUCUUAUUUUCUAGUAGUAUUAGUAGUUAACUUAUUUAUAUACUACUCACAUUCAGCUGUGUUUUCCAACACUUUCUAGUGUAUAUUUAUUAGCUGAUAAAGUUGAACAUUUAUUACUACUCAACUUAUUGAUUUAUCCAUUUAUUUAUUUAUUUAUUUACUAAUUGACGUAUUUACUGUAUUAUGCUGCAAGCAAUGUGAAUGUUAUGAAUUAUAUGAGAUGAUGACCGCUACUCCCUCUCUCUCUCUUUCUGUCUCUCUUCGUGUUCUUCUCUCUAUUUCGUUGCCUUCCGUAUGUGUUGCACAUAAAGGCUCUAAGCUUUGUUUAUUGGUUUUAGUAGUCAUCACGUUGUUUGUCUCUUUGUCUGUGUGUUUUCGACAUAGAACUUUGCAC